AUAUAUCCGUUCACUUGCUCACCGGACGUCGCAGCCUCAAGUCGUUUCGAUCGCUUGCAAACGGGUUGCAAAGCGUUCUUGUGAAGGGCAUUCGAGCUUAGACCGAGGCUUAGACUGCUACUGUUGUGUCCGCUGCUAUCGCGGCAUACAACGGAACCUGUCUCUACGAUAGACAGCAUCAUCCACCAUCGGAGUAUCGCCCGUCAACACUGUUCAAGCAGUGUUUCGCACGCACCCGCUAAUCAGCAAUGGCAUCGAGACUUCGAAAGUUCGGCGUGACAGCAGCCGGUAUAGCGAUAGGGGCCGCUCUGUCCACCUAUGCCCUUCAGCACAAAGAUAUGCCACAGUAUCAGGUUCAAAUGGAGGAAAUGCAACGUGUUCGGCGUAAGCGCACACUGCCUCCACGAUCAGAACAGAUCCGGGCGUUGCAGGGUGGUGAAGAGUACGAUGUGCUAAUCAUCGGUGGUGGAGCUACUGGCGCUGGCUGUGCACUGGAUGCGGUCACCCGAGGUCUUAAAACGGCGCUGGUCGAAGCGGACGAUUUUGCUAGUGGUACCUCGUCGCGAUCGACCAAGCUGAUCCACGGAGGCGUACGAUACCUGCAGAAAGCUAUCCUCGGUUUGGAUAUCGAGCAGUAUCGAAUGGUCAAAGAGGCUUUGCACGAGCGUGCUUCAAUGUUGCGAUCGGCUCCACAUCUGACGCGACCUCUGCCGAUCAUGCUACCCGUUUACACCUGGUGGCAGAUCCCGUACUUCUGGGUUGGUAUCAAGGCGUACGAUUUCGUUGCCGGUGAUCGUAAUGUGAAAAGUUCGUACUAUCUUUCGAGGGCGGACGCGCUCGAACUUUUCCCAAUGUUGCGCGGUGAUAAACUAUGCGGAGCUAUCGUCUAUUACGACGGGCAACAGGAUGAUGCGCGUAUGAACCUCGCCAUCGCACUGACCGCGGCCCGUCAUGGUGCCUCCAUUACGAAUCACGUCGAGGUGUUGGAGCUGUUAAAGAAAAAGGGCGAUGACGGUAAGGAAGUGUUGUGCGGAGCGAAGGUUCGCGAUAAUAUGAGCAAAAAGGAAUGGACGAUCAAAGCAAAGUGUGUCAUUAACGCGACCGGUCCAUUCACCGAUUCGAUCCGUAAGAUGGAUAACCCGACCGUGAAGGAAAUCUGUUGCCCCAGCUCCGGUGUGCACAUCGUACUGCCAGGCUACUACAGCCCGCAGCAGAUGGGUCUGCUGGAUCCGGACACAUCUGAUGGACGUGUUAUCUUCUUCCUGCCCUGGCUGAAUGGCACCAUUGCCGGCACAACCGACUCUCCGUGCGAUGUAACGCGCACUCCAACUCCCACCGAGGACGAGAUUCAGUUCAUCCUGAGCGAAAUCAAGAAUUAUCUCAACAAGGACGUAGAUGUGCGCCGUGGUGAUGUGCUAUCGGCAUGGAGUGGUAUCCGCCCACUUGUGUCCGAUCCGAACAAGGAAGAUACUCAAUCGCUAGCUCGUAACCAUAUCGUACACGUAAGCGAUUCCAAGCUGGUCACGAUUGCAGGCGGCAAGUGGACGACUUUCCGUGCCAUGGCGGAGCAUACGAUCGAUGCAGCGAUCAAGGCAUGUAAUCUUAAGCCCGAACGCGGAUGUGUCACUGAUGGGUUGUGGAUUGAAGGUGCCCAAGGUUGGACUCCGACCAUGUAUAUUCGUCUGGUACAGGAUCUUGGACUGGAAGUGGAGGUGGCCAAACAUCUGGCCAUAUCGUACGGUGAUCGUGCGUUUGCCGUCGCUAAGUUGGCUACACUUACUGGCAAGCGAUGGCCCAUCAUUGGUAAAAAAUUGCAUCCAGAGUUUCCGUACAUCGAUGCUGAGGUGCGUUACGGCAUUCGCGAGUAUGCCUGCACCUGUGUCGACAUGAUCUCGCGCCGACUGCGAUUGUCGUUCUUGAACGUGCAGGCCGCACUGGAAGCACUUCCUAUGAUUGCGGACAUCAUGGCGGAGGAACUGAAAUGGUCCAAGGACGAAAAGGAACGUCAGAUAAAGAGUUGCGAACAUUUCUUACAAACGCAGAUGGGUCACCAGGCUAACCGCACCCUGAAGGAGAAGGUACCGAUCAAUCUAUCCAAGCCAGAGGUGGACAUGUAUGUGAAGCGCUUCGAGACUAUCGAUAAGGAGAAGAAGGGUUAUGUGUCGAUUACGGAUAUUAAACGUGCCAUGAAGUCGUUCGGCGACGCAGAAGUUAGCGGUGAAGAGCUGCACGACAUUCUGAAGGAAAUUGACACGAACAUGAACGGACAGGUUGAGCUGGAGGAGUACUUACAGAUGAUGUCAGCAAUCAAAUCCGGUUUCGUGUCGCAUUCCCGAUUUGCGGCUGUGGCAGAACAGGAGGAAAUUCGCAAGGAACAAGAACGUCUACGAAAGCAGAUCACCAUCGAACGUUCUGGAGCAACUAGUCAACGAAAGUGAAACUAAAAAUAUACGUGUUUAUGUCUUCAGAAUGACGCCACUAAAGCAUGUACUACCUACACGAUCGAUAUCUACCCUAAGCACAUUUGUCAACCUUUUUGGUGACAAAACAAACCUCAUUUAGAAACCGUUUUUUUGUUGUUAGCAUGGCUGCAUUUUUGUGUGUACAAUCCAUUUUGUGCAUUGUGUGCAGUCGCCUACCUAUUUGUACAUGAUUCCUGAUUGUACAGUUUGUACACAGCAGUGAACUGAUGGCAAGAAGUGUUAUCAUAAUCGUUUAAACGUGCACCAAGCAAACGGCAUAACUUAUUCUAUUUUCUAAGAAGACACCGAUGUACAUAUAAUUGUUUUAAGUCACUUUGGCGUUAUAAUUAUGAACAACAUAUGCAUCAUCUCGCUCGGAUGUCGUUUACUGUGUGUGUGGAUAUUUUUUUUAAACACCAAAAACCAACUUAACCCUCCGAGAGAGAAUCUCGUACAAAAGACAACGCCUAGAAUACCGUGAAGCCUUUCGAUGCUAGUUCGUUUUAUUUAUGUACUUACGAUAUACAUAACGAAUUAUCGGCAUUUUCACCAUUGAUACAAACAGGAUUCAUGUUUUGCACAUGCGGAUUCGCAAGAUUCAUAAGCCAAUUGCUAUAGCAACUAUAAACUCAAGAACGUACCUGUUAGUUGUGAGAUUGGAUGUUCUAUGCACGCUUGCAGAACAGGACGAGUUCCUUCAUCUAAGGAACAACAACAACAACAGCAACAAUUGCAACAAAACAAAACUCUACUCAUCUGUAUGUCCAGCCGUUCUUAUAAAUCAGUUAAUUGAUGUUAGGUUAGGAUAUGCAACAUACGUACGUGGAACGUACGUGGAAUUUUGAACCACUCUCGAUCUAUCUCAUCACAUUUUAUUGUUUGAAUCAUACGACAAAAUCAUAAGCAUAUUUCAUAAUCGUGUGGCGCUGCGAAAGACCGAUAUUACCGCCAUCGGGCAAUAAUUACAAAUUAUUGAAUUAUUGCUUGAAAGAAUCGAUAAAAGCGGUUGUCGAAAACGAACUAAAUGUAUCGUCCGUUGAAAAAUGUGCUUUAAAAACAAGCUUAAAGUACAUGUUUUGGUUUACAGUUUAUGUUUCGUUAUGUUUGAAGAAGAAAAAUUUUAAGAUUAAUAGCUAAGAAAUAAUUGAACGAAAUAUCAAAAUAAAAGUUAUUCGAAACAAA